CUGCCAGGCUCUGCAAUCGCUCGUAGAGAUCGUCGCUUUGCCCAGACGGUUGUGUAGAUCCAACUGGAGGUCAGGCCCAAACCAUGGCGGAAAAGACUCAGAAAAGUGUGAAGAUUGCACCUGGAGCAGUUGUGUGUGUAGAGAGUGAAAUCAGGGGUGAUGUAACUAUAGGACCCAGGACAGUGAUCCACCCUAAAGCGCGAAUCAUUGCAGAAGCCGGGCCCAUAGUGAUCGGCGAAGGUAACCUAAUAGAAGAACAGGCGCUCAUCAUAAAUGCUCACCCUGAAAAUAUCACUCCUGAUGCUGAAGAUACAGAGCCCAAACCUAUGAUUAUUGGCACCAAUAAUGUGUUUGAAGUUGGCUGUUAUUCCCAAGCCAUGAAAAUAGGAGAUAAUAAUGUUAUUGAAUCAAAAGCGUAUGUAGGCAGAAACGUAAUAUUGACAAGUGGUUGCAUCAUCGGGGCCUGUUGCAACCUGAACACGUUUGAAGUCAUCCCUGAGAACACAGUGAUUUAUGGCGCAGACUGCCUUCGUCGGGUGCAGACUGAGCGACCACAGCCCCAGACACUACAGCUGGAUUUCCUGAUGAAAAUCUUGCCAAACUACCAUCACCUAAAGAAGACUAUGAAAGGAAGCUCAACUCCAGUUAAGAACUAAGAAUGCUAUAUGACAUCAAGAUACCAUUUGUCUUUGACCACUGUCUUUUGAAAGAGUCACGGUGUUUAUGCACUCUUAGCAGUCCGCAGAAUAAUAUGUGUUGACUUUAUCUUGUAAAAUUGAGUUAGAGAGGAAAGAAAUGUGUUUUCAUUGUAACUGUCUUCUAUAAUAUAUAAUGUAUUAUUUUCUGAUGUCCUUGUCCCAUUUCUGAUAAUUUACAGAUUUCUUAUUUUGUGUUGUUUUGUUAUAUAAAAUGUUGGCCAUGAAUUUUACUUAUAUAAAAGACUACCCAUGAUAAGAAAGAACAUAUUGUUAUGUAUUUAUAGUCUAGCAUUUACUAAACUAAAUAAAAAUGUUGAUGACAGGACUUUCAGUGAAUAUACUUUAAUCAAUUUUUCUACUUGCAUCAACUUUCCCAAAAUAGCUCUUUUAAUUUUUAUUGUGUACUAGCUAUAUACUAAAGCUAAUGUG